AAAUCCAGAGCUUAAGAUGCUUAAUCCAUAUAGAACAUUUGUUAUAACUUUAAAGUGAAGUGCAGGGUUAAAUAAUUCGCUAUGUUAACAUUGUGAGCAGAGCCAGCAAAAAUGAAAAUUGGAUAUAUCAUUUUUCUGCAUUUUUUAAGGAUUUGUCUAGUAACAGCUGCAGUUUCUACUAGAUGUCCUUUAGGUUGGAUUGAAAGACCUGAUAGCAAGUCGUGCUACCGUUUCUGGUCAACGAGACUUAAAUCAUGGAAAGACGCACGUGAAACUUGUCAAGCACGUGAUGGAGACCUUCUGAAACUGAAUUCUAAACAUGAAAAGCGUUGGAUAAUUGCUAUGACUGAGAAGUUCCCGGAUGAUUAUGAAUGGUGGAUAGGACUACAGAGAAGUCCUGAUAACAACACGAUCUGGGUUUGGACAGAUGGAAAUGAAAGGAACGAAAGCUUCAUACAAUGGGGUUCUGGCGAGCCAAACAAUUACAGAGAUUCGGAACAUUGCGCGGAGAUUUGGGACAACCUCCUUAAUGAUAAGAAUUGUGAACAACCGCUCCAGUUCAUUUGCGAACGACCGAAAGAUCUACCAAUGAAAUGUGAUUUAGACAACGGAUGGGAUGAUUUAGACACUCAGUUCUGUUAUAAAUACUUUAGCGAUAAGGUUACAUUAAAUGAUGCAGCUUCCACAUGUGCUAAUGAUCAAGCGAAUUUAAUAUCAAUAAAUGCGGAAACUACUCAACAAAAUAUUACAGACUUUCUUGCACAUGAAAGCAAUGGAAGGGUAUGGAAUGGAUUCCAAUAUGACACGAGUAGGUCAAUGUGGGUCAGCCUGUUAGGAGUUGAGGCGAACUCCCAAUGGUGGACUGACGAUGUUCCCGACAAAGAUAGAAUUAUACAUAACGAUACAUUGUGUUCUGUGAUCGACACAAAUAUGCCAGGUAUUAAGAACUGGAAACCUGAAAACUGCCCCUGCCGGAAAAAUUUUCCCUUCUGUGCGGAAAAAACAAAAGGGAUUAAGAAUUUAAACCCCGUUCUUUGGAGGGGCCCUUUUCCAGGGGGCUUCAAAUUUAACCCUAAAAACAAUGUGCUACGUUUUACAACAAAUGAAUUUAAAACUUGGAACGAAGCCAGAGGAUUUUGUAAUCUUAGAGCAACACAAUUACUCGAAAUAAAAGAUGAAAACGAAUGGUAUUAUGUUUUGACAUUGCUGAAAGAACAUUAUAGCCUGACCGAAAUACAAUCUGUAUGGCUAGGCUUAUCAGGUACGGAUUUGGAUAAUCUUAAAUGGGACAGUGGUGAAGCAUUUGGUAAUUUCGAAAAGGGAAAGUCAAGCGGAAAGCUUGACCAGUCUCAGAAUCAAACAAAGUGCGGUUUGAUAGAUCGAAAUAAAAUAUCAAGCACUGGCGAUGGAAGUAGUUGGCAGUUUAGCGACUGUGGAGAUAGCAGAGGCACUAUAUGCACCGUUCCUGUUGACACACCAGUAGUUAUUCCUCCGCUUGAAAAACCCCGGUACGAAUGCCCUGAAGGUUACACAUUACAUGGUAUCAAUUGUUACCAUUGGAAUGCCGAUGACCCAGUUGAUUGGUUUACUGCACGAGAAACAUGUGCUGGCGAAGGAGCUGACCUUGUUACAAUACUAUCAAAGGAAGAUCAGGAUUAUGUUUCAGGUUUAAUCCAAAGUGAAUCGUGGAUUGGUUUGAAUGAUAGACUGAAAGAAGGAACAUACAACUGGCUUGACUCUUCAGCUCAGAUAGAAUGGCACUACUGGUUGAACAGUCAACCUAAUAAUGUAGAAAUAGGGGGUCAGUAUUCAGAGAACUGUGUUUCGAUGCUUUAUAGCCCUGGUAAGGAAGAUCACGGCAAAUGGUCAGAUUAUCCAUGCAGUCAUAAAGCAAGAUUUGCUUGUCAAAUACCAGCAGAAUGGAAUAUUGCUCUCGGCAAGAUAGCAAGUCAGUCGUCUCUGAGACAAGAGAGAAUGAGUGGAUACCAUUACAAUUACGAUAGCUAUAUGUACAGCAGUUAUGGUACUGACACUGAUAGCGAUGACGUCGCACAGAAGGCAAUAGAUGGAUGUAAAACACGUUCUGUUCAAUCAAAUGCGUGUUGCGCCCGUUCUGACACUGAAAAUUACCCUUGGUGGAUGAUUGACCUAGGAACAGUUUAUCCUAUUGGCAAGGUCGUUAUUCACCGAAGGUCAUCGGAGAGGUGUACUGACUGCAUUUCCCAGAUUAAAGAUUUCCGUCUAUUCAUAAGCACCACAAAAGACGGUGUUACAGCCAAAACAAAUGUGAUCUAUCAGGAAAAGAGGGAGCAUGUUCCAGCUAUAAUUAUCAUCGAUCUGAAAAAUGUAAUAAAUGGAAGAUAUGUGAGAAUAGAUAUACCUAAAACAUCAGCAAGGCUAGAACUGUGCGAGGUGGAAGUGUUUGAAGGAAUAAGUUUACGAAGAUCGCUAGGUGCAGAAAACUCAAAUUGUAUCAUAGAUUCAACAAAAUGGGCAGGUAAAAUUCGACACACGGUAAGCGGAAAAAAUUGUCAAAGGUGGGAAUUAGAUACACCUCAUAAUCAUGGGUACCACGACAAAAAAUUUCCAGAUGGGACAGAAAAAGACGCAGAAAAUUUCUGUAGAGACCCAUUGGGUGAAGGUCAACCCUGGUGUUAUACAACAGAUAGAGAUACUCGCUGGGAGUUUUGCCCUGUCCCUCACUGCACAAGUGAUAUUGGUGUGAUUUCCACAAAAGAAAACGAUAAGGUGUCCGUAUGUGCAUCAGGAUGGGUUGAAGACACAAACACGGGAUUCUGCUACCUGUUAGGUGAUGAGCAGUUAACAUGGGCUGAUGCUAGUGCUGUAUGUGAAAGCAUCGGAGCAAGUCUUCCAUUACCGAAAGGAAAAGAGGAAAUUGAUUUGUUGACAGGCAAAUUGUUAAACACACAAGACGGAUUGUUUUGGUUGAAUGUCUACUUUGAUGUAUACCAAAAUGACUGGAUUUCAUCAGAUGACCCCGUUACAGACCUGAUAAAAGAACAAGUGUCACUUAUAGAUAAGCCAACUAAAGCAAUGUGUGUAGCUAGCAAUAAAUCAGGGAAUUUUCAAAUAAAAAGCUGUUUUGAGAGGAACGUUUACAGUUGUGUUCAGUUGGGUCCUUUUACCAAAUAUCAAACAAGUUCCAAUGAGAGUCCUGUACAAAUGCCAGACAAGUUAACAAAACCAUCAAAGGACGGAUCAGUAACAACAUACCUGUUUAAGUUUGAAUACAAAGGCUAUGUCGGUGCCACAAUAAUACUAAAGCCAAAUUCUGAUACACAAACAACACAAGGAUAUGUCAUUGAAAUAAGUAGCAACAUAUCUCCAAAAUCAACAGUAUCUAAAAUUAGUUCCAAGAAAGUCGACAAAUUCAUCUCCAUUCCGAACUUGUGUGACGAGAAUGAAUAUAGAGAGUUUUGGAUAAGUUGGACUAACGUGAAUAGCAACGCUGUUACAAUAAUGCUCGGAAGAGGAUCAGACGUUGGACGAAAUUUACUAAUGUCAUGGACAGAUCAAGCCGGUAUUGCAGUUUCAACCGUUUAUAUUGCCACGGUAACAAAAGCGUCAGGGACUUACCAGGGGUUUUGGAGAUUUCGGAAAGAGACACUGGAAGAGAAGAAAGCUCGAUCCAAUGCAAACCUGGCAUUUGGAAAGGCAACAAAACAGUCCAGUUCAUUUUCGGAAUUCAGCACACCUGAUAAGGCAGUUGAUGGAUGUAAAAACAACGUGUAUGGAAGCAAGUGUAUAACACAUACAAAAGGUGAUUUUGAACCAUGGUGGGAAGUGGACCUUGGCCGGAACUAUCCUAUUCGAGAGGUUGUUAUUUACAGACGUGGACCCGAAUGCUGUGCAGAGCGUAUGGGUUACUUCCGGUUGCUUAUCAGCAUGUUAAGUGACUCAACACUUGACCAAGAUGUUGUCUAUCAGAGUGAAGAGAGGACCCCACCUUUUGUGAUGCAUAUACCACUGACAGGAAAACACGGCCGCUACGUUAAAAUCGAUAUACCGGGAAGGAACGAAUACCUUGAAUUAGCAGAGGUUGAAGUCUAUGAAGAUGUUGACGCGUCCAAGUGUGGGUCUGGAUGGCACGAGUAUGACAAAGAAGCGGCAUGCUAUCAGAUCAGCGAUGCAAAAAUGACCUGGGGUGUCUCUAAAGAAUACUGUGAAGGUUUUAAUGCCCAGUUGGUUGUUCCAAAGACACCGAGAGAACAAUUAUAUCUCUAUGAUCUUUCAAUGCCAAUUACUGAAAGUAGCAGUGUAUGGCUUGGCUUAAAUGACAUCAAUACAGAAGGUACUUUUACGACGGUAGAUGGGUUAACUGUAGCUUACACGGAUUGGGGACAAAAUGAGCCGAAUAAUCUAGGUUCAGAAAAUUGCGUUUCGAUGAGGAUGGAUUUAUCAUCGUACUCAGGAAAAUGGAAUGAUAAAAAGUGUGACACGCCUCUUAGAGCUGCCUGCAGGAAAGAAGAAACACCAACGACGACAACAACAACAACAACGACGACGACAACAACCACAAUUCCAAUGACAACAACAACUACAAUUGCUACGACCGCACCAGUUCAAAUAACCUUGCCAACACAAGGAGCAUGUAGAUCGGGAUGGCUUUACAGUCAGGUAUCAACCUCCUGCUUCCGUAUAUUUGAAGAGUCCAAUGUAAAUUUCUUAUCCGCCGCCAGCAAAUGUAUGAAGAACAACGCUCGCUUAGGAAGUAUCAAGAAUAUCUACGAGCAAAAAGUUUUUACUGAAAUUCUAAAAAGGACUAUUGUUGGUGUUGGGAAUUUCGAUGGUGUUUGGAUUGGUGGCAUUGAUGAACAUGCAGAAGGAAGUUGGCAAUGGUUUAUGACGAAUGCUUUAUUUGACCGAAGCGUGGUAUGGUCUACAGGACAGCCUGACAAUUACAAAGGUGAAAACUGUGCCAUGAUGAGAACACACGGAAGUGCUGUUGGAGAACUGAACGACGCAGCGUGUGUCAUUGGAAUGCAAGGGUAUAUUUGUCAAUACAGCCAAGACGACAAGAAGUGUGGUGACGGGUGGGUCUACAACGGAGAAACGGACACAUGCUACAAAUAUUACCUUCAGGAACGUGAGACAUGGAAUGCUGCCCGUUUAAAAUGUGUCGAGCACGGCGGUAUACUGGCGACUAUAGCUAAUAAACCAGAGCAGUUUUUUCUAAAAGUAAUGGCUUCCGCGGAUUUAAGCAUGAAAGGGGCCUGGAUUGGCGCACACGAUAUGCAGGAAGACGGCUUGUUUCAAUGGAUUGACGGGACAACGUGGAUUAACGGGCUCUGGGCACCAAAUCAGCCAAAUAAUUGGAAAGGAAAUCAAAAUUGUGGAAUGUUAACAGUCAAUGCACUUCCCGACGCCCUUGGGCUGAUUCAAGACGAUUUUUGUGAAGACAAGUAUCCGUAUAUUUGCGCAAUAAAAAGUUGCAAAAGUGGCUGGGAGAAGUUUGGUGGUAAUUGCUACUUGUUCUCUCUUGAAAAUCGAGGUUGGGAAGAUGCAAAG